AAACUUUCUCUAUCUCUCCGGCCUCCGCCAAAGCGAGGGAAAUCGAAAAUUUCGAAAACCACCGUUUCUAGGGUUUUUCAUUUCGUUCCACCAAAACAAACCCCAAAUCCUUGGAUAAUCAACGAUGAGCUCCCCAAUGGAGGUUACCCUCCAGAGCGCCGCCUCAGAAGUCGCAGCAGCGGAGGUCUGUGAGCAACCAGAGGCAGCACCGGAAUCAUCAAAUCCCCCAAUUGCUCGGGCGUCAGUCGCAGUUGCAGAAGAUAAGAUUCUCGUCUCAGUUGAGGUCUGCUUGAAUCCAUCCAGCACCGCUCGGGUUGAAGAUGUCCGCAGAGCUGUAGAAAGGAUGCUUGAAAAAAGGAGUUUAAGCUAUGUCGAUGGGCCUGUUCCGCUGCCCCUUGAUGAAUCUUUUCUUCUUGAAAAUGUGAAUCGGAUCUUAAUAUGCGAUACAGAUGAAUGGGUGGAUAACCAUAAAGUACUGUUAUUUUGGCAAGUCAGGCCAGUUGUCCAUGUAUUUCAGCUUAGUGAGGAUGGUCCUGGUGAGGAACCUAGUGGAGACGAGAUGCUUUCUAGCUUCAAUGAAUGGACUCUACCUGCUAAAGAACUUGAUGGAAUGUGGGAAAGCUUAAUUUAUGAAACUGGCCUCAAACGACGUUUGCUGCGAUAUGCUGCUAGUGCUCUGCUAUUUACAGAGAAGGGUGUAGAUCCUUGCCUUGUUUCAUGGAACCGGAUUAUCCUUCUGCAUGGACCCCCUGGAACUGGAAAGACAUCGUUAUGUAAAGCACUUGCCCAGAAACUUUCUAUACGCUUUAGUUCAAGAUACUCAUUAUGCCAAUUGGUCGAAGUUAAUGCUCACUCCUUAUUUAGCAAAUGGUUUUCUGAAAGCGGUAAACUGGUUGCGAAGCUUUUCCAGAAAAUUCAGGAGAUGGUAGAGGAUGAAAGUAACCUUGUUUUUGUUUUGAUUGAUGAAGUUGAAAGUCUUGCUGCUGCUAGACAAGCUGCCUUAUCUGGCUCUGAGCCUUCAGAUUCUAUUCGGGUUGUCAAUGCCCUGCUUACUCAGAUGGACAAAUUGAAAAAUUGGCCAAACGUGAUCAUUUUGACAACGUCAAAUAUAACUACCGCAAUUGAUAUUGCGUUUGUUGACCGAGCGGAUAUCAAGGCAUAUGUCGGCCCUCCUACUCUUCAAGCACGAUAUGAGAUAUUGAGGUCCUGUAUUCAAGAACUUGUCCGUUCUGGGAUUCUCGAAUGCUCUCAGGAUCAUGAUCAUCUUUUGCUCCCAAACUAUUCAACCUUAAAGGAGAAGCUGCAUUCUUCUGAGGCAACUGAACAUCAAAGUUCACUUGAGCUCUCCAGACUAUUGCUUGAAGCUGCGGAAGCAUGCCAGGGAUUAAGUGGGAGAGCACUGAGAAAACUUCCAUUUUUAACACAUGCUGAUAUUACCAAUCCUUACAACUGUGAUCCUAGGAAUUUUCUAUGCACAUUAGUAGAGACUGCGCGAAGAGAGCUGUCUGAGCUGCAUGCUUAACAUCAUAAUGUGCUCUCUGUAAAUUUUGUUGUUUUUGUUCGCUUAUAGCCAUUGCUUUGUUGUAUAUUGCCGUCUUAUAAGAUCUUUUUAAAGCUUGUGCGUAUUUUGGUGUAACAUUCAUCAAGUCAAGGUGCGCAUGGUUUAAAUUAGGAAACAGUUUUUGUCA